UACUAUUCAAGUGUAUUUUCUGCAGUGCUAUUUAUACUAGAUUCUUGUUCUAGCCUAGUAAACAUACCAUAAAAACUAUGGAGGAUUCUGAAAAUCCUGUUAGUGAAAAUGAUAUUGAUAGAGGAGAAGUUAAAGAAAAUACUGAAAGUGUGGAGAAAAGCAAAAGUGAAAUUCCUACUUUCGAUUUCACAGAAAGGUCAUGGACAACAGACUUUGUUCUUACUGUUGAAGGGACGAAGUUACACGUUUCCAAGGCUGUUUUAUCACUUGCUUCGCCGGUGUUUGAUACGAUGUUUCAAUCGAAUUUCAAGGAAAGGUCCUGUGACGAACUAGAAUUGCCUGGAAAGAAGUUAAAUGACGUCAUAGAAUUUCUACGAUGUAUUUAUCCGAACACGUUUACACACAUCACUAGCGAUAGUGCUGCGAAAGUAUUACCUCUAAUAGAAGAGUAUCAGGUCUUACAACUUAAACCAAGAUGUGAAGCUGCACUGUUGGAGAGUAUCAGUGAAGAUACGGCUGUAGAGGAGUUGUUUCGACUGUUACAAAUUUCAAGCCUGUAUGACUUGAAGGUUCUAAGAGAAAGGUGCAUAGACCUCGCAUCCUGUAGGUCACAGAAAGAGGUAGACGAAGCAACUAGGCAAGUCCAACCACCUGCAGAGGCCUUGAAUAAAAUACUGGCAAACAUGAUUGUCACAAUGAAAGAAAGGAUAAUUGAUCUUGAGACAACAAUUGAAAAAAUCUCCGGAGAAAAUAAAAAAGAUAUUGCAAAGCUUAAGAAAACUAACGCGGAACUUGCGGAGGAGAUGGAACUUCUGACGCAAUAUUUGUCAGCUGAUGUCAGGAAUAUAAAAGACCUGAAACUUGAUGGCGAUUGUAAUUGGAAAGAAAUGCAAGUAGUUCUGUUAAUUAACAGUAGCGACAAUUGUAUAAAAUCUGAAAAAGAAGUUGAUGUGUGGGAUGUCCCACUCACCAUAUCGGCUUCCAAUAGCCAAAAGGGUAACAGGGAGUGGAUCAGAAUACAAAUCAAGAACAAUGGAAAUAAGAUUAUUUGUGGAUUCAAGGGGCGGAUAAUGAUUGUCAACAGGCAACCUCGGGGACUAAAUGAAAUAUUUACUUUUGAUGAUAGUAUGAGCUUUUGUCCGUAUGUAGACAUGUUUCUAAAACCAAGAUAUGACGCCAUGGAUUUGAAAAAUGGAUUUAUGAUUGACGGAAAAGUUGGAUUAAUAAUACAAAUAUUUAUGUCAGAACCACUCAGAACACGUCAAAUUGAGAACGUGUUAAACUGAGAACACGUCAGACUGAGAACUAUGAACAUGUCAAACUGAGAACAUGUCAAACUGAGAACACGUCAGACUGAGAACUAUGAACAUGUCAAACUGAGAACACGUCAGACUGAGAGCUAUGAACAUGUCAAACUGAGAACACGUCAGACUGAGAGCUAUGAACAUGUCAAACUGAGAACACGUCAGACUGAGAGCUAUGAACAUGUCAAACUGAGAACACGUCAGACUGAGAGCUAUGAACAUGUCAAACUGAGAACACGUCAGACUGAGAGCUAUGAACAUGUCAAACUGAGAACACGUCAGACUGAGAGCUAUGAACAUGUCAAACUGAGAACACGUCAGACUGAGAGCUAUGAACAUGUCAAACUGAGAACACGUCAGACUGAGAGCUAUGAACAUGUCAAACUGAGAACACGUCAAACUGAG